AUGAAGAAACUGUUAGGUGUGCUGCUUUACUUUUUCGUCCUACACAAACACAUAGAUGCAAAAAGUGGAAAUCUGCGAACCAAUGAUGUCAAAAAUGAACAAGAUGAAAAAAGGAAAAAAUUUACGACUGGAUGGAUCCCUUAUUAUGUACCCCCAAAAGGGAAGACUAUACCAAUUGCUCUUUUGGCUGCUCUUCCAGAGAAAACUACUUUUAGAAAGUCAGAAAACAUGAGAAAGGAUGUGAAAGAGGAACAGGAAGGUGAGGAGAAUGUGAAUAGUUUAAACCAUUCAGGUGAAGCGAACGAUGCAGAUUUUCAAUUUAAGCUUCAAAUAGUGGAAGGCGCAGACCACUCAACAGAUGGACAGCUGGAGGGAGGGUCCUCUCCAGGUGAUGCUGCGGGUACGGAAGUGCCAGCUGGUGAGGUGGACCAUUUGGAGCAGGGGGAAGGAUUGCCUGAAGAAGCUGCAGGGCAUACAACUGAACAUGCAACGGAAUUAGUAGCAGAAUUGGUGGAAGAACCCGCAGCUGUCCCCGUUGCUGAGGAAGCACCCGCCGCAGAUGAUCAAAAUGCAGAAGUGCCAGAGGAAGCACAAUCCUUGCCUGUGCAUGAAGCCAACGAAGUGUCAGUUGAAGAGAGCCAAGAAGGGACACCUUCGGUGGCUGAGCAGGGCGUAGAUGACAGUGUGCCUGGUAAACCUGCAGAUGAGGGUAUUCCUAGCCAGUCAGCAGAUGCUAGUGUGCCUAACCAACCUGAAGAUGAGAGCAUGUCUGAGCCCGACGAAAGUAACGACAGCGAGGUCGACAGCGUGGAAGAGGCAAGCGAAGAAGAAAACUUUUAUCAUAUGAUGGAGGAGGACGACGACGACGAUGAAGAGGCUGAAAUGGGAGAUGAAGAAUUCGAAGAUGACUAUGACAACGUAAUGCACAAAAUAAAUGAACACGAAGAACACGAUGAACACGAACGAGAGACCCCUUCGAAUGAUGGAUCAAAAUAUUUGACCAGAGCGGAUAUAGUAGUCAUGCUUGCCGUGCGAAACAUGUUAAGUGCGUUAAACGAUGACUACGGAAUUAUGGAUUUCCUCACUGGUUUUAAUCCUGGCGUGAUUAAUCCGUUCUACAUGCUUUGA